AGAAGACAAAAUCACGAGCGCAUCACAAUUUACCACGGCAGCACAUCCAUCUGGACCCCGCGAGCGAUGAAGAGGCGCGAGAUGGAGAAACGGGCUGGAAAGAAGGGAGCGGGAAUUAGCACAUCACUCCCACGUUCUCGAGAGAUGGAAAGCUUGUCGAGCAUUUGUUAUUCGAUGCAAUCAAUUUAGGUGCGAAUAGACAUCACCAUUUCAGGAAGGUCCUUUCGAUUUGUCUCUCCGGUCGAUUCGCGUUGCAACAGUUCAGCAAACGGCUCAGUACAAAUGUGAUGUGUCCGGCUAAGUAUUGUAGCGCCAGCAUUGCAAUUGUAUCUUUAUAACGUUUUCGCAGUCGGUACCGCAUUGUAGAAUGUUCAUUCCCCCCGUAUAUUGCGCCUUCAUCUGAAGAUUGAACUCGGGAAUCGGCGGACAGAUUCUGGGAUCACGCAAGUCGAUCUAAUAGCGUCAUCUCGCGCUCUGAACUGAACCGGAUUCUUCACCUUCGGACAAAUGAGUGAGCCUCUGGAUUUAAAAGCCAGUCUUCCCGCGUCCUUUUGGCAAUAAUUCAUAGCAGUGCAGUUGCAAAAAGUUUAAUUUUAUAUUUAUUGCAUGCACUUUAUUAAUCAAACAAGUAACCUAACACCCUGUCCAAGUGUUUUGCUACGUUGCUGCCUUAACAUACAAUAUGCUUACCGGUAUCAUUUCAGUUUUUUCAGAUUUGUAGAACCGGAUAAAACUCUGAUCGCUGAAGCGUUAAUUCACUGAUUUAUAUAAUAUACGUUAUUGAAGUGUUUGUGAUUUUUUAACGAAAACGCCCCUUCAGUGGCCCCUCCCCUCUCCUUUCCUCUCACGCGCACUCUGCCGGUUCACCGAUCGUUUUGUGAGGUGAGCGCUGUUUGUUAGGGUCCUCUCCGCGCGUCGGCGCGCGCCGGUCGGUCAGGAUGUUCGUGUCCGUGUGGUACGCCAAGAAAAUGGGCCGGCGGUUCAUCAACAACGUCCGGAAAGCCAAGAGGCAGCGGCAUCGGAUGAUGGCUAAUUCUCCUCCUAUGAUGGUGAACACAGAAACACUGGAUGGCUCUCCUUAUGUGAACGGGAUGGAAGGAGAGAUGGAGUACGAGGAGAUCACUCUGGAGCGGGGUAACUCUGGCCUGGGGUUCAGUAUUGCUGGGGGCACAGAUAACCCCCAUGUGGGGGACGAUCCCAGCAUCUUCAUCACCAAGAUCAUCCCUGGGGGGGCAGCCGCUCAGGACGGCAGACUCAGGGUGAAUGACUGCAUCCUGUUUGUGAACGACGUGGACGUGCGGGAGGUGACGCACAGCCUGGCCGUAGAGGCGCUGAAGGAGGCCGGCGCCAUCGUCCGGCUCUACAUCCUGCGCAGAAAACCCGCAGCAGAGAGAGUCACCGAGAUCAAACUCAUCAAGGGCCCCAAAGGGUUGGGGUUCAGUAUAGCUGGGGGUGUGGGGAACCAGCACAUCCCCGGAGACAACAGCAUCUACGUCACCAAGAUCAUCGAGGGAGGGGCAGCUCACAGGGACGGGCGGCUACAGAUCGGGGACAAAAUACUGGCUGUGAACACGGUGUGUCUGGAGGACGUGAUGCACGAGGACGCCGUCGCGGCUCUGAAGAACACUGCGGAGGUGGUGUACCUGAGGGUGGCCAAGCCCACCAGCCUGUACCUGACCAACUCCUACAACCCGCCUGACAUCACCAGCUCAUACUCACACCUGGACAAUGAGAUGGGCCACCCCAGCUACAUGGCCUCAGAUUACCCACAAGCCCUGACUCCCACCUCCCCCAGUCGCUACUCCCCAAUCAUGAACAUGCACCCCGGGAUGCUGGGAGACGACGACAUUCCCAGGGAGCCCAGGAGAGUGCUCAUCCACAGGGGGCUGACAGGUUUGGGGUUUAAUAUCGUAGGAGGUGAGGAUGGUGAGGGAAUCUUCAUCUCGUUCAUUCUGGCGGGCGGGCCUGCUGACCUGAGCGGGGAGCUGCGCAAGGGGGACCAGAUACUGAGUGUAAACGGAGUGGACCUCCGCAGUGCCACACAUGAGCAGGCAGCAGCUGCCCUGAAAAACGCUGGACAGACGGUCACCAUCAUCGCCCAGUACAGACCAGAGGAGUACAGUCGGUUCGAGGCGAAGAUUCAUGACCUGCGGGAGCAGCUAAUGAACAGCAGCAUGGGCUCCGGAACCUUGAGAAGCGCAAAGAGAGGCUUUUACAUCAGGGCUCUGUUUGACUACGAUAAGACGGCGGACUGUGGGUUCCUGAGCCAGGCCAUGGGCUUUGGGUUUGGGGAGAUCCUGCAGGUGCUGGACUGCGGGGAUGAGGAGUGGUGGCAGGCCCGACGGGUCAGUGUGGAGGGAGAGACGGAUGAGAUCGGCUUCAUCCCCAGCAAGAGGAGGGUGGAAAGAAAAGAGUGGUCCCGUUUGAAAUCGAAAGAAAGGGACCGGAGUCGGGACAGUCUAGGAUCUCAAGCGAGAGAUGACUCCAUACAGAGCUAUGAGACAGUGACACAAGUGGAAGUACAUUAUGCGAGGCCGAUCAUAAUUUUGGGUCCAACGAAGGACAGGGUGAAUGAUGACCUGCUUUCCGAAUUCCCCGACAAGUUCGGGUCCUGCGUUCCCCACACCACGCGGCCAAAGCGGGAGUACGAGGUGGAUGGGCGGGACUACCACUUCGUGUCGUCACGGGAACAGAUGGAGAAGGACAUCCAGAGCCACCGCUUCAUCGAGGCCGGGCAGUACAACAGCCACCUGUACGGCACCAGCGUCCAGAGCGUCCGGGAGGUGGCCGAACAGCAGGGGAAGCACUGUAUCCUGGACGUCUCAGCUAACGCAGUGCGGCGGCUACAGGCGGCGCAGCUGCACCCCAUCGCCAUCUUCAUCCGGCCCAGAUCGCUGCAGAACGUGCUAGAGAUCAACCCGCGGCUGACGGACGAGCAGGCUCGGAAGGCUCUGGACCGCGCCAUCAAGCUGGAGCAGGACUUCAUCGAGUGCUUCUCAGCCAUUGUGGAAGGGGAGAGCUUUGAGGAGGUGUACCACAAGGUGAAGUCUGCCAUCGAGGAGCAUUCUGGGCCUUACAUCUGGAUACCCACCAGGGGGAGACUGUGAGGCAGCCCCUUCUGCAUUCAUACCUGUGCACUUAGAGACGCAGAGGGGGAGAGGGAGCAAGGGAGCAAGGGAGAGAGAGAGAGAGAGAGAGAGAGCUGCUUCCUGCGCUCUGGGACCGAGGCGACCCUCCUCCUCCUGCCUGCAUCCCUCUCUUCUCUCCUCCUCCCUGCACACAGACGCCUUUCCACUGCAAUCUGAGGGAGACGAUGGAGGAGUGGGAGAGAGGGAGAGAGAAAGAGAGAGAGAGAGAGGGGGAGAGAGGGGGAGGCUUGGUAAUAAGCACAGGAAAACAAAUGCCUCCCCAUACUAUCCGCUCUUCUUCCUCUUUCUCUUCCCCCAUCUCUCUGAGGCUCUCAUCUUUCCUCCCUCCCUCCCUCCCUCCCUCCGCGUCUCCUGGCUCCCCUACAGAGCAGCACACUGUAACACCAGAGACGGAGUCGGUCUGAGGAGGAAUCCUUUCUUUCUUUGCACUUCUCCUCUUCUCUUGCUCCCCCGCUCCCUCCUUCCCUCUCUCUCUCUCUCUCUCUGAAAGGACAGAGACGGAAAGAGAGAGAGAGAGAGAUUGCGUUGCUGGACAGGACUGCUGAAUGCAACGCAGCCACCGCCAGGACUAACUUGUAUGAUAGAAAAACAAAUUGAAUUGUUAUUGAACUGUGAAAAAUAUAUAUUGAUAACAAUAAUAAUAAUAAUCUAAAUAUCUAUAUCAAAUGAACUGAUGUUUCUAUAAAGGGGGAAAACACAGCCACUGAAAUUCUCUCAAUCGCCAACAACCAAACAGUUUUUUUUCAGAACGCCUGGAAAAAAAGAUUUUUUUUCUUUUUUUUUUGGUUUUGGAAAAGAGGAGACCUUUUCCUGCUGAAUUAUGUGCAUGCGUUCUCGAAACCCGACGACCACAACGACAGGGCACUGAGGACAGACAGACAGACACUCCCAUAAAGGGAGAGAAAAAGAAAAUGGAUGAAGAAAGGAUGGUGAUAAAGGAGUAGAAGUGAGGGAUGGAAUCAUCAUAUCAUUGCAUCACGUGACAGAGAAAAGGGAAAAAGAGAGUUGAAGACGAAAGCUCAAAGAAAUAAUCAGAAAAAGCUUUACCUCAGUUUCUCUCUCUCUCUUUCUGUCUUUCUCUCUCUCUUUCUUUCUCUCUCUCUGCUGUAACUCAAAUGGAACCUUCUUGUGACUUCUCCACGUUUGUUUGUUAGGUCUGUCCAUUCCCCUGCCCAGUUUGGCAUUAAGAUGCUUUCGUCAAGUAAUUAUAGGGGGUUUAAAAAAACUACAUUACCCAUGCUCCUCGGGUUCUGACAAUCCAAUGACAUCAUGCAGCGGUAUACAUUGGAUUCACCCGAUGCCACUUCCUGUAUUUGCUGCCACUCGAGGGCUUGGCCUGUGCUUGAAAGGUCAUGUGGACUAAAAGAGUCGCUAGGUCACAGCGGAGCCAAAAUGGCCGCGAGCAGUAACUUCCCUGUCUCUCCUUCCCUUUUAUCUCUCUGCUCCCUCUGCUUCUUCACAGAAGAACGGGACAUUCAGACCGUACAUUAGAGAUAAAAGACAAAUGUAAAAAUGAAAUAUCAUCUAUAUUUUUUAACAAACUGACAGAUUCUAACAGGAGUAUAAAUUUUGUUUAACGGCUUCACAUUAUUCUUUUGGAAUGAAUGUUUCUUUUUUUUUUUUAAGCGUUAUUAAUUUAUUUAUUUAUUUUACAUUGAGUUUUUCUUCUGAUUGGCUGAUUGUUCUUGAGGUUUUAUUGUGAGUUGGGCUUGGCUCUAAAAAUGUUUAAUAGCAAUCAAAAUCACACUGCAAUAUAAUUAGAAAAAAAGUAAUUUUUUAUGCUGUAGCAAAGUGUUUUUUUUUUUUGUUGUUUGUUUAUUUGACAAGUUCAGAGGGAAAUCUGUCAGGUCUUGCACUUCCUGUCGGUGGCCAUCUUGAAGCCGAACCAAAAAGGAAAAGCGUGCGAUGGAAUGACGUCACACGGACUGUGGACUUCUAAAACUUAGCGGGGAGGGGCCGGGGGGGCUUUGCUAUUCAACAGCCGUUAAUAUUAAUACCGGCAGAAUCCUCGGCAUUCCGGACCGCUAACGGAAGGGCGCGAUGCCACGCGGACAGAGAUGCCGCCAGCCCUCUCUGGAUCGUCGUGGUUACCGGGAGAAAAUCCGUUUGAACCGGUGAAUUAUUCAUCAUUUGGCCCAAAUGAAUUUUUAGAGGAAGCACAGAUGUCUGGCUAAGCCGGUUCACAUAUUUUUUUUCCUCAAAGUAAGGUUUAAGUUAUUUUUAUUUUUGAAACGUCCAAACUGCCGCAGGCUUUAAAGGAAGCUAAACAAAAAGAGAGGGCUCUGACUUUGACCUUUGACCCUUGACCCCUUAAAACCAGAACCUGAGGGACUCUUACAAUGACUCACAGGGAUGGAGAGACUGUAGGCUGCACACAAACCAAGCUGCUGAAAAAAACAAGCGGGUCAGGUCUCCUGGUUUGUGUGUGUGUGUGCGUGAGAGAGUGUGAGAGAGAGUGUGUGUGUGUCUGUGUCUUUGUGUGUGUGUGUGUCUGUGUCUUUGUGUGUGUGUGUGUGUGUGUGUCUAGGAACACCCAGUCUGUGAUGUCAUGGCUAACAGCUUUGACCAACAGAUUCCGAAGGUGUUUCUGUUCACUUAUUAACUUGAAAGUGUUUACAACAGUGGUGUCAAACCAAAUGUGAAGGGGGCCGCAGUGUCUGUGGGCUUUUGUGGUUUCCUUUCAAUCAGCUGCCAAUUGAGGUCUUGUAGAAUCAUUAGCUAAUGACUUAAAUGAAUCACAUGUGCCGAGAACACCACAAAAACCAGCAGACACUGCGGCCGUCCAGGGCUGGAGGUUGACACCUGUGGUUUACAAGGUCAGUGACCCUCCAUCUGCAGCUAGGGGGAAGUGCUGAGUCAUUGGAGAGGCCCUGAUGAUACUGUGUGUGUGUGUGUGUGUGUGUGUGGGUGGGUGUAGCAAGAAGAAGAAGGUGUAGCCACAGGAUCUUGAAUUUCAAAGGUUUACACUAAUAGUGCAAGAGAGAGAGAAAUGAUGUACCUUUUAUGUACUUUAUGUAUGUUUGUGUACAUAUAUUCUGGAGAAGGAGUUAGAGUUAGAGAGUGAGUGAGAAAAUGAACACACAAGUGCAUAUACCUGCAUAUACCUGCAUAUAUGGCUUGCAUCCCCAGUGAUUCCCCAGUGAGUCCUGGCACAUGAGCGGUGUACAUGAAAAGUGCAUAUUUAUUAAUUUAUCGGCCCAGUUAUUUUUCACUAUUUAUUUUCACAAGUAGGUUUUGGGUUGUUGGAGAUGGACCAUUUUUUUGUCGCAUUACGUCUGUGAUGUAGAAGUGUUGAGGCAGAUCAGGUGAGAGUGUAGAAUGUUGAGGCAGAUCAGGUGAGAGUGUACGGAGGUGUUUCAGGACAGGUUACAGAGAGGCUGGUGUACUGGCCACAGGGCUCAGUCCAUCACAACCCGAGAUCUGGGCUCUAAGCCUCUGGAUCCAGGAGGAGCUGGAUCCAGUCCCUUGACCGGAGUGUCUGUCAGGGUCAAAGUUCAUGCAGUGGGACGAAGCUUACAUUGGUGCACACACACACAUGCAAACAUGCACAUCCAUGCCCUGACACACACACCACACACACACACACACACACACACACACACACACACACACACACACACACACACACACACACACACACACACAUGCGACACACAGAUAUAUAUCUCUAUCCUCACGCGCAUGCACACUAAUUUAAGAUGAAAGGGGCUUUAACUGUUUCGGUUAAAAUUUACAGUUAUUUGUUUUUACAAAUGCUGUUAUUUAUGUUCCGUUACCUGUGUUUCAGGGGAAUCUGUAUUAUCAAAUUCCUUGAUCAUGAAGUAUGUACUAGUUUUUAUUAUAAUGAAUAAAAGUGAAAUUAAAACCAGAAAAACUGGUGCAGAGAAGUGAAUAACUUGUCUUGCAAAAAAGAGAUUUAACAAUGAUGACGACAGAUUACAAAUGUUUUAUCGCUUGUUGUAAAUUAGCUACAAAAUGAAAUAAAUAAUAUUUAACAAAGCUGUUUUGAAAAA